CCAGCUUACCUGUCCUCACAGUUGAAGCUGUCAUUCACACCAAGAGCAUGGAAGGCUUGUGGAAAGGCUGUGUGCUGCUGAUAGCACUCUGCUUGACUUCUUACCAAGCUACUGCAAGUCCUCUGUCCUGGGAGAAAGAGUGUGUAGAAAGUCCAGAAACAUGGUGUCAGGAUUUCCCAACGGCAUUGAAAUGUGGGACCUUGGAUCACUGUCAACAAAUGAUGAAUACCUUCCCUAAGUUCUCCUUUAGAUGUUCUAUAUGUAAACUUGUUGUGGUCAUGGUAGCAAAAGUCCUACAAGACAAUGCCACAGAUGAAAGAAUCUCUAAGACGCUGGAGAUGGGAUGCCAGUAUCUUCCCUUCCAAGACUGGGCAGUCAAAUGCAAGAAGUUGAUAGACACUGGAGUGAUAAUUCUGGUUGAACUUGGAAAACAAGUGCAGAAUAGGCCUGAAAUAGUGUGCAUCGCUUUCAGGAUUUGCAAUGCGAAAGAAACCCCCCAAGGAGCUCUGAAGUUCCAGAAGCCAUUGGAGCCCAAUGGAGAGCCUGAACUGGACUUCCCCCAAAUUACGUCUCCUUUCAUAGCUAAUGUGCCUCUUCUCCUUUAUCCUCAAGAGGAGACUCAGGAGAGAGGAGAUUCCUGCAGAGAGUGCGAAAAGGUAGUCGCUGAUAUGAAGGAAGCCAUGAAGAGCAGUCCCUUCUUUGUUCAGUCCUUAGCUGCUUAUGCCAAACAACACUGUGAAAAUCUGGGGUCUGCCUUGGCUGAUGAGUGUAAGAAGUACGUCUUUGAAUAUGCACAUGUUUUUAUCCAGCUGCUGACAGAAUCCUUGGUAAGUCAACCAAAGGCUAUUUGCACUGAAGCGGGAUUCUGCAACUCUGCACAGUCUCAACCUAUUCAUACUUUGGUGUCAAACGACCACCUUCAUGAAUUGUAUGCAGCGCUGGCUGAAGAGCAAGCUCUAAGGCAAGAAGAUCCCUUUUUGGUGUGUGGCAUGUGCAAGAAAAUGGUUGAGGCAGCAGAGAAUCUGCUGGAGAACAAUGUGACAGAAGAGGAAAUAGUCCGUGGAAUGAUGAAAAUCUGCUAUGUGCUGCCUCAUGAGCUCUUAGCUGAGUGCAAGGACUUCGUUGACUCCUAUGGGAAGGCUGUUGUUGUUAUGCUCCUAGAUGCAACUAAACCUGAAGCUGUGUGUAUCAUGCUACGAUUCUGCCCCAAAGACAUCUCUUUGCUCACUGAGAUGUUAGCUCUGCAGCAGCUAGCGAACUACCUUGCGAAAUAUAAUGACAGUGAAUUCUGCCAUGUAUGUACAAUUCUCAUUAAAUAUGUUGAUGAGACACUGGAGAGGAAUGAAACACAGGCACACAUUGGAACUGUGCUUUCUAGAGGCUGCCAAUUGCUGCCAGAAGCUUUGGUGUAUCCGUGUGAUCAGCUUGUGGAGCAAUAUGAACCAGCUGCCGUCCGCCUUCUGAUUCAGGUCAUGGAACCAACCUUUGUAUGCACUAAAAUAGGAGCCUGUCCUGAAUCCCGUCUUUUGGGCAUGCAAGCCUGUGCCCGGGGCCCUUCCUACUGGUGCCUGAACACAGAGACUGCAGCUCAGUGCCAGGCCACUGAAUACUGCAGACGUCACAUAUGGAACUAGAAGAAGCCUGUUCAGUGGGUGAACAUUGCUUUUGUUUGAAAUCCUGGGAUUUGGUGGGGUUGAGAAAGAGAGAUAUCUAAAGCUUGGAAGGACCCCAUAUUUCUUUUCUACCUUUGGUUU